AAACAGGGAACAAAGAAAUCAGAGUGUAUUUAAGGAGAAGUCGCCCCACAUCCUGGAGCCGUGUGACUCUCGGCACUGCACACCGCACACUGCGCCAAAAACACCCGCUGCACCUCCAUCCUGCGCGGCUCCGGACGGACGGCGGUGAGGAUGCGGACUUCUCUGGUCGUGUGCUUCUGCGUGUUUGCGCUGCAGUGUUUCCAGAGCAUGCUUGGUGCUCCAGUGCGCGGAGCCGGCAGGUACAAAGCGGCACCGGCCUCUGAGAAGUCCCCGGACCUGAAGAAGAGGGCGAAGCCUCCUCACCCUCAGGGUUCGGUGAAGGAAGCGAGUCCGUCCACCAACGCUUCCAACAUAUGGAAUCGGCCGCGCUGUGGCGUACCGGACUUCCCCAACCAGAAGGAGCUGCAGUACCGAGGUCGACACCGCCAGAGACGCUUCGUUCUGCAUGGAGGACGUUUUGACAAGAAGGAUCUCACCUACAAGAUCGAACGCUUCCCCUGGCAGAUGGACGAGGAGAAGGUGCGGCGCGUGAUCCAGGAGGCGGUGAAGAUCUGGAGCGAUGUCACGCCUCUCACUUUCACCGAGGUCCACAGGGGGAUCGCUGACAUCCGGAUCGACUUUUCCAGCUACUGGCAUGGAGACAACCUGCCGUUUGACGGUCCAGGUGGGAUUCUAGCUCACGCCUUCUUCCCGAAAACGCAUCGACAGGGCGACAUUCACUUCGACUACGACGAGUCCUGGACUCUGGGGAACUACAUGGGUACAGACCUUCUGCAGGUUGCCGCCCAUGAGUUCGGGCAUGUCCUGGGCCUGCAGCACUCACGUAAGCCCAAAACCAUCAUGUCCGCGUACUACUCCUUCUCCUACCCACUGAGGCUGAGCGAAGACGACAGACUAGGCAUCCAGUACCUGUACGGAGUUAAACCACAGGUCCUGCCCCCACCGCCAACCCCGGCUCCAAGGGCUCUGGUCCUCAAAACAGAGACCAACGAACUUAAUCCUGACGCCUGUCAGACGGACUUCGACGCCGUGUCGAUGAUCCGAGGGGAGCUGUUCUUCUUUAAGUCGGGUUACGUUUGGAGGAUCAGGGAUCCUGGAGGAUCGGCGCGUCUGGAGAGCGGGUAUCCGGCGCUGGCCUCCCGACACUGGAAGGGGAUCCCGACCAAGAUUGAUGCCGCCUUUGAGGACAAGUCAGGGAAUAUUUGGUUCUUUCAAGAUGAUAACUACUGGGUGUUUGACGCUGAGAUGCACAUCAGGGGCCCCGAGUCCAUCAGGAGUUUAGGAUUAUCCACAUCCAGCAUCCAGGCUGCACUUCGCUGGGGUCACGACCCUAACUACAGCAUCUACUUCUUCAAGUCCGGUAGCUACUGGAGGUUCAGUCCCCAGGAGAACCGGGUCGAGUCGCCCCAACCGCGCAGCAUGCAGUGCUGGACUGGCAUCCCUGAGGAUAUUGACGCUGCCUUCAGGGACACCCACGGCUUUGCUCAUUUCAUCCGAGGACGUCAGUACUGGAAGUUCGAUCCUGUCGCCAUGAACUCGUUGGAAGGUUACCCACGCUACGUCGGCAUGGAUUUCUUUGGGUGCAGGAACGAGUGAGUCUGUGAAGAUUCGCAUACCCUGAUUCCUUUGACGCAAAGAGGAGUUAAUGGAAUAAAAACUGCAGACUCAUGAGGACGAGACAAUUUUUACACCUGUUUAUGCUUCACUGCAUUUAUUGACACUCAGAUCAAUUUAUGCCUUCUUCUCAGGAAAAAAAAAACCCACCUUCCCUCAGAUCUGGCACCUCCUGUGCAGCUCUACUCGUAUUUAUUUUUGCACAUUUUUGUGUCACCAUGAGCCCGAGACCCUGGAUUCAGUCUCGCUUGAGCCAGAAACUGUUUAACAAACUGUUGUUCUCAGUGUGGUCAGUGUUGGAUGUUUCAGUUUGUGUUUUCAUCAACAACGCACCUCAGAGUGUUUGAAGAGUGACAUCAGACUCACAGCGGCGGUCAGUGGAGGGUUUAACUCUAGAAGUCAGUCAGCAAGUAGAUGAUAAUUUCCAGUCAUACUUCACUGUUUUACAAUCAGAAUCAAGAAAAUGGGGCUUAUACUGGAUUUGGACGCCUUAAAAAUGAGUCAAAGUGAGAUGGUUUUGUAAGGUCCUGCUAUGUUCUUUGCAGAGUCUUGCUAAGGUCUUUACAGAGUCUUGCUGAGGUCUUUACAGAGUCUUGCUAAGGUCUUUACAGAGUCUUGCUAAGGUCUUUACAGAGUCUUGCUAAGGUCUUUACAGAGACUUGCUGAGGGCUUUACAGAGUCUUGCUAAGGCCUUUGCAGAGUCUUGCUAAGGCCUUUGCAGAGUCUUGCUAAGGCCUUUGCAGAGUCUUGCUAAGGGCUUUGCAGAAUCUUGCUAAGGCCUUUGCAGAGUCUUGCUAAGGUCUUUGCAGAGUCUUGCUAAGGUCUUUGCAGAAUCUUGCUAAGGUCUUUGCAGAGUCUUGCUAAGGUCUUUGCAGAGUCUUGUUGAGGUCAUUGCAGAGUUGCUGCAAUUUUACAGAGUCUUCAACAAGCUAUCUGAAGUUUGACUCCAGCUAGCUUGGGUCUAAAGAUUAGCAUCUGUUCUAAACCAGACUCCUGUUUUUUUUGUUUUGUUUUGUUUUUUUUUUCAGUUAGUUGUUUGAGUUAAUUAGCAAAGUUGCUUUAAUGGCUGACAUUUUCAGCCUUGUAAGAACAAAGGAUCUAAAAAAUUACCAUUUAAAUGUUACUCUCUGAUGCUGUUUCAGUUUUUACCUGCCUCAAAACAAGCAUGAAAAAAAGCGAAUCCAGAGAACAGCAGAGGGUUACUUCAGGUCUAACCAUCGAGCCGUUGCACGUCAGAUUUAUAUAUUUUCCCGGGGACUCCGUGUGGCUUUGUUUGCACCGCUUCAACUGAUUUUAACCUCUGUCUGUAGAAGUUCUUAUGUUCUGUUUUUGUGAUUCAUGGUUUCCAAAAGCAGGAAAACAGAUCAAGUUGCAUUUAAUCAGUGCCUGAGGUUCGGUGUUUCUCCUUCAACCUGAGUCACAAAUAUGCGAAAAAUCUGGUCCUGGAUGCAAAACAAGAGUAAAUAUUUAUUUCUCUACGGGUUUGUUACACUUUUCUUACAUCUUUGCUGAUUGAGAAGGAGACAUUUGAAUCAUUUUUCAAGUUUGGACGUGAAUUGAACAACAGAGGAGUGACUUUGUUUGCUUUUACCACAGAUCCUCAUCUAUUUAUGUUCCUAUUUGAACUGAAAUAUUUUCCUCUUUUAAAUUUAAAAUAAUAAGAAAAGUUGAUUCUGCUGCAGCUGUUAAUGUCUGAUCUCACUCUUCUCACAUCAUGGUCGUAGAAUAAGCUGCAGUGCGCCAUCUAGUGGCCGGAACGGACCCUGAUGACGUCACUGCACAUCAAUCAAACGGUGCUCUGUGUUUUCUGUUAGUCAGGGAUGCAUUCAGGGACCGCAGCGGUUCUCCACUACUGGGGAAAUUAGUGGUAAACUAGUUCUGGUAAGCUGAAGUUAAAAAGCAUAUAAAAACUAAAAAUU